AAGAGAGCAGACUGACUCCUCUAUGCUGAUAAUUUAUAGACAUUUAGUUCGUUGAUUGCUUUUUGGGCAGUUUUCAUCAUACUUCUAUUACCGCAUUUGAAGUGGAGGCAAAUAGAGCAAGAAAACCAAGAAAUGCAAGAGAAGCAAAGAAGGGACAAAACGAGACCACUUUGUUUUUAAGCAAGAUAUUUGGCCAUAAAUAAGCUACAUACAAGCUGCGAAAAUUUGACUAACAAAACAAUCCGCUUUAUUGAGAUCUGCAGCAAGCAUUAAGUUGUUAAGCGCUAUGAGUAUGGCAAAAUAAUAAUAUGAGAAAAAUACAAAAUGUUGCAGAAUUAUUACAAAUAUUAUCAUAGCAAAUAGAAAAAGGAUAUACUCAUAUACCAGCAAAUAUGGGGCGAACAAAUAAGUGAAUGGUAUUCGAGUUAAAUGAAGAGAAAAAGCCAAAAACACGAACGCCAUAACCGGAACUUCAGUGCGCUGUAGGAAUUCUACGAGUGCAAAAAAUAAACGGCAGCACCAUCUGUUGAAUGCCAUUGUAAUCGAUUGGAAUUUCAGUCAGCUAACCAAUAGCAAAAAAAUUGUAUUCAUAUGCAUAUGUAUAAAUAUACAUACAUACAUAUGUAUAAAUGAAUGCUCAUGCAUGUUACUCAUAUACCGAGCAAAUAGCAAUUUGGAAUUCUUUCUCGACAAUAAUAAAGGAUAUUAAAAGUGAGCUGAAAAUAUUCAACACUAACAGUUAAAAUAAAUAGCAGAAAACAUUAAAAUAAAAUUACCUAAUAAACGCUGCUGCUGGACAGUACGGAUACGCUGUGGCCACGCUGUUCACAUUCCCGAAUAAUUACCCACACCAACCACCACAGCACACAAUAUGGCUGUACCCAUCGAUGAGGGCGUAUUAAGCGCUCUACGGGGAAUAACAAGCAAAAACACACGCCUUCCUAAACCGCUGCUUAUUAAAGUUUAUGUAUCCAGCUUGAAGGAGGAAUUUUGCCAGGAGCGUCGCAUGCUUUUGGAACUAGUUGGACCAGAGUUACAGUCAAUUUACGAUGAUCGGCAAAUUGAGAUCGAAAUUGUCGACAUGCAUUUCGGCACCGGUCCUUUGCAUAUUAUGCAAGUUGAACAGGAUCCAUAUAUUCUACAUGAUUAUCUGCAUGAAAUUGAGACUUGCUAUAAUAACUCGAAAAGUGUAUUUUUUCUGGCGCUUAUCGGCGACAGCAUAGGUCCCAUGCCAUUACCAACGCACAUCGAUGAGGAUAUUUUCACUGUCAUAUUGGAGCAGGCACAAACAAGUGACGAGGAGCGAAACUUGCUACAAAAAUGGUACACAAAGAGAGCAACAGGCACGAAAAUUGUCAAGGGUACCAGUAGCAGCGAUGGUGGCAUAGCAGCCAGCUCACACAGCCAGUAUGUGCUCAAGCAGGACUAUCGCUCUCUGUUACUUGAGAAAUGGCACCCGGAGUAUUUGCAGCUGCGUGAUGCUAUCGAGCGCGGUCUGCAAAGCAUUAAACAAACCACAAAUACCACAAAGGCACAGCCGGAAGACUUUCUAACACGUGCACAGAAACUGAGAGAAACACAGCUCGAACAGGAAGUGCAAAGGGCGUUGGAACUUUCGAAUGACAAAAUAUUGGCUGUGUUUCGUGAAUGGUCUUCACAAUUGAGGAACACGAAUGCAGAGGCAGGUGAACGGCUACGCAAAAUGAAGGAUCAGCUAACUAUGAAUCUAUCCUCCGACAAUUAUACAACAUUAGUUGUCGCUGGCAAAUCGAAUGAGCGCACAAUCGAUCCCGACAAUGAGAACCAUGAAACGUAUUUGAGCAAAUUUAAAAACAAAGUAUUCGAUAAAUUACGUUUCCUAAUCGAGGAGCAUAUAACCAACGAUCCGGAUGUCAUCAAGGGGAGAAGAAAGACUGUGCAGGAAAUUUUCCACGAGCAUGCCACACAUUUACGCAUACUUCGCGAACACCACGAGGCCGCUGCACUUGCCUCGAGUCAUGUACAGGGACGUUUGCGCCAAAAUUUGCUAGCCAACUUUCGCAAUGGCAGUCGUCAUGCUCCCUACUUCAUUUAUGGCCCGCAUGGCAGCGGUAAAAGUGCGCUCUUGGUGGACUUGUAUCAGCAGUGCAAGGAUUGGUUCAAUUCGACGCGCGUCUAUCGUGUCAUGCGCUUUGCAGCCGCUUCGCCACGUUCGGCCUACAAUCUCGAGCUGCUGCGCGUCAUUUGCCAGCAAAUCUCUAUAAUUUACGAUAUACCCGAAGGUUAUUUACCCAAAGAUGCUUCGUUCGAUCCGGUUUAUAUUAACAGUUGGUUCCAGAAUUUGCUGCGUCGCAUCGAAGAUAUGAACAAUGACAUAUUUUUCAUAUUCAUUGAUGAUCUGCAAUUGCUAAAUCCGCUGGAUUGUGAUGUAGUGGCUGCACUCUCUUGGUUGCCCACCUCUUUGCCAUGGAAUGUGCAACUCAUCUGCUCCACAACAACGCCUAUUGAUCAAUUGCGUUUCACACCCAUGCAACGCGAUCGUUUCAAGUCGGCGGAAUUCCUUUUCGACUUAUCGGUCGAGGAGAAUCGCACGGAGUUGCAUAAGCCAUUGGCGAUGGCUGCUGGUUUAACGGGCAUAUCGUUUACGGAUUUCGUAGCGCAUGAAUUCGAUCGACUUGAGGCACGUUAUGGCAAGAAAUGUGUAGCGCGCUUAGCUGGCUAUAUCACUUGCGCAGAGUUUGGUUUGUCAGAAACGGAGCUGCUGGAGUUGCUAAUGCCCACCGAUGACCCGGAGGCAUUCGUUGAUACGGAGAGAGGAAAUUUCAAUUUCUCCACAUUUAAGCAGAUACACAAUGAUAUGCAAUUCCUACUGCGUGAUAAAAUCAUGUCUGGCAAAGUGCUGCUACAGUGGCGCCAUAGUUACUGCGCUGAACUCUCGAAGAAACGCUACAUGGAUGCGCAGAGCACACGUGCCAUGCACAUAGCCAUCGCCAAUAUAUUUUUCCAGCAAGAAAAUGAAGAGAACGACGCAAGCACUAGUGAGAAUGCAUCAGGAGAAAGCGAUAAGCACUCAGUAAUCAGUCAAAGGGAGAAGGAAAGCAUUUCUGUAUCCGAACGUAAAGCCUCAUCACAUCACAACGAUGACACAUCCACCUUUUACAAUCCCAUCGCCGCUGAUGUCUCAUACAGCAUGCGACAUGUGGAAGAGAGUUGGCACCAUUUGAUGCGUUCUGAUGAUAUAGCGAAAUUCAAGCAAAUUGCGGUGUGCAAUUUUGAUUUUCUUCUGGCGGCGGUACAAACGGUCUCUAUCAGCUAUUUACGUUGCCUCAUCGAGCAUGUUCGCUGUUAUUUGCUAGAUCGUGAUAUCGAACUCAUCUACUAUACAAUACGCAAGUCGAGUGAUGUACUCACACGUGAUCCCAUGCAGCUUGGCUCACAGCUCAUCUCGUGGCUACGGCCAAUCAGUGAACACGACGAGAACGACAACUCACUGCUGAGUAUUACGGUGCGUUCAGCGACCGCCUGGUGUGAUGGCUACACAGUGCCAUUGCUAGUGCCACUUACCGGUUGGCUGCCAGCGACGCUGCCCUCGCAGAUACGCGUAAUGACAGUGACCGGUACUGGACAAGUGCGCGAUGUUUGUGUCUCACCAACGAAGCAGCAUCUCAUUUUGGCAACCAAAUCGGGUGAUGUGCAAUUGUGGCACAUAAUGAGCAACUCGUUGGAGCACAUAUUCAAAGGUCAUACCGCCGCAGUCACGUGUCUGUUGGUAGCACCACAAUCCGAUAUCCUGUUGACUGGCUCGGAGGAUAACACAGUGUUGAUAUGGAACGUGACAACGCGUGUGCUGAAGACGCACAUCAAGUCACAUACGAGCGUUGUGACGAGUGUCGCUGCUGGUGUCAAUAAUACUUUGGCCAUUAGUGGCAGUGAGGAUUCGACGAUUGCCAUUUCAGAUAUACACAGUGGACAAUUGCUACACAAAAUCACUCAUCAUCGCGCUGCGGUGACAAGCGUUAAAGUCAGCAACGCCUGCGAUGUACUCAUUUCAUCAAGUCGCGAUAAAACAAUUUGCUUGUGGUCCUUGGAUGAUUAUACGCUGUUGAACAGCAUGCAAAUGUGCAGUCCGGUGCGUCGAAUUGACAUAUCGUGUGACUCGGUGUUUCUUCUGGCGCACUGUGAAGAUAAUGUCCUUUAUUUGCGCACACUGGCUACAGGAAAGGAGCUACAUGCACUCAAAGGUCACAAAUCACAGCUGCAUGCCAUGACCAUCGCUAAAGAUAGCCAGCGCGCCGUUGUAGGUGGUGAGGAUACGCGCGCACUCAUUUAUGAUAUGCACUCCGGACGUCUAAUACGAUCAAUGCCACCAAAUCCCGGCUCGAUCACUGCACUUUAUAUGAUGGAUAAUGAUGACUUCCUAAUCACGGUUGGUGGCAAUAAAAUCACCUUCUAUUCCUUUCGCAAUGAAGAACUCUACGUACAUCCAUACUCACAUAACCAGCGUAGAAAGCGUUCACUAAAACGAGCUCAGCAAUCACAACGCUCACCUUCGACAACAUUACCACCGAUAACAUGUUUUGAUAUUUCACGCGAUUCACAAUUGGCUGCUAUCGCUUCGAGUCGUAGUGUGCAUAUUGUGAAGAUCAAUACGCCAGAGUACCAAACAACUUUGGACGGACAUGCUGCACCGGUGACAUGUGUGAAUUUCGCGCCGAACGGUGAGUAUUUAACAACUGGAUCGGAUGAUCGCACGGUGAAUGUGUGGAGUUUGGCCUUGGGUGAGGUGACCAACACUUUUAAGGGUCACAAUGCGUCUGUCAGCUGCGUCGUAGUGCUUAUGGAUUCACGUCGUGUGAUCUCAACCGAUCGUGACUCGAUGAUGCAUGUGUGGCUGGCUGAGGGUGGCAACUUAUUGCAAACCAUACAAGGGCCAUAUAAAUUUCUGGGCGCAACAAAUAACAUGAAAUUUGCUAUCUCCACAAACGGCGAUAACACUUUGAAAAUCUGGUCGCUCACACGUGAGGAUGAAAAAUACACUGUAACACAUUCGGACGAGAUAACCUGCUUUACUAUUACCGCCGAUAGUUUGUAUGUAAUAACUGGUUCGCGUGAUAUGUCACUAAAAGUGUGGCAGGCGACUGGUGGCAAGCUGGCACAAGUGCUGGUUGGACACACUGAUGCCGUUAAUUGUGUCGCAGUUUCGGUAACCAACAAAACGCAAGUAAUAUCCGGUUCGAAGGAUACCAAUCUUAUUAUUUGGGAUCUACAUACCGGUGAGGAGCUGCACACUUUGGCGGGUCAUUUGGCACCAGUUUUGGGUGUCAAAGUCUCGGCGGACGGUUCAACCGCGAUUUCGGGUAGUGAUGAUAAGACACUGAUUGUGUGGGAAACCAAGCGUGGCUUGGCGCUCACGUCACUCCAGAUGCAUGUGCCAUUCCAACGAUUCGAUAUCAGUCUCGAAUGUUCACGUAUUUUGGUGCAAUUGUUGGAGAGUUUCAACUUGCCAGUCAUUUGUCUGCACAAUACGCCCGCACAAUAUGUUAAAUUGCCCACAUACUCGGCACCAGCAAUGGAUGCAGAAGACUUGCGACCGCAAGGUCCAAAACGUCAAAUGAAGCGCUUGCUCAAGAAAGAAGUAUCACUGGACACAUAUACGUGGCAAAAGAAAUAUGGGCAUCUUACGUCUUCAGUGAUGAUGGCCCAGGUAGAUGAGCGCUUGAAGCGACGCUUCUCAGUAUCUGCAAGCAUGGAAGAGAUCUCGAAAAUAGCCGAAAUGAAAACGAUUACAUCGCAGACCAACUUGGGUCCCGAACAAGCCGCCUUGGCGCAAUCGCAGCACUUCGAUCAGUUGGAGGCGCUAUGGAAUAAACGUUCACCGCCGAGGAGGAGACACAAUGCGGGUCUCUCACGACAAACAUCGCUCGUCGAGGAUCGUCUUGAGUCAUCCGACGAUGACGAGUAUCACGACGAACGUACAGCACAAAACCUACACCAACACCAACAUCACCAUGUCCACCAUCAUCAUCACUAUCACACCUCACACCACACCACUGUCACAACAUCAGCCAGUUGCAAGAAUUUCGAUACGAACAGUAGCAGCAGUGCUAGUGGCUACAAUGUCACACACAACAGCAACGAGAGCAACAGAAACAGGGACACUACCGAUAAAACUCAUUCCCAACAGCACAAGUUGCACGCGCAGACCUGCGCCUGUUCGUUGUUCCAUCACCAUCAGCAGCAGCAAAAUCAACAGCUACAGCCAGAGCAACAACGCCGUCGUUGCAAUAGCAAUGCCAGCUCUUUGUCGCAACAGCCUGACUUGGUGCGCGACAUACAAUACGGCAACGUGAACUCAGCGCCUAGUUCACCCUGUGACAGCUACUGCACGGACAGCGCGGACGAUGCAACUGAUUAUAUCAGCCGUGCGCGUCGUUUAUUCCGCUGGCAUAGCCUAAAAUCGCAACGCGUAGCAAACACACACAAGUGUCACGCACCGCUGGCGCAUAUUUCUUUAAAUUUUACUACAAAUACUCCGACAAAUAGCCCAACUCAAGGUGCAGCCAAUCAUUGUCACCUUCGCAGCGGGUGUCCACCUAUGCAUCCGACAGCCACACCGAUUAUCAUUGUAGAGAACUAUGAUCACCGCAAUGUGCGUCAAAUACGCACCAAUAAAGUGUUACAUCCGCAUACGGGGCGCGCCGCCUGGGGUCACACAGCCGAUGAGACCGUCACCGAAUUACGUUGCGCCAAAAAGAAUCACUGCGUAGCUCAAACCGCACUGCAGUCCGAACAAGCUGCUUGCAGCCUGCGGCUUUCAGAUCAACGAUCAUCUGCUGCCACUGCCUCAACUUCGCAUUCUCGCAUGUCCGAGUAUUUGCGGCGCAGUUUACGUAUAUCUCGAAUUUUCAGACGUACACAAUCGCACAACGAGGAGUCAUCACAGGGCGCGACUGCACUUGGAAAGAAGGGCAAGGGUUUCUACCACGAUAUAGCUGCCGAUACGCGCGACGAAAGUGCGGGUAAUGCACUCUGUGCCACAGCACACAAGAUGCAUAACAAGCUGAAGCAGAAAAAAAUGAAAAAGGAGGAAGAGCAGCGUAAUAGGUCGGUAGAUAGCGGAGAAGGUCACUCUAGUACCGCAUGUAUAACGCAGUAGAAAGAAGCAAUCGCUAUUGUUGAUAGAGACGGUAUUAGUGCUAACGAAAUGACGCACUUGAUGAGACCCGGAUAGAUAGACUCUGAUGUGUUGACUUUUUUUUACCGGCACGUUAUUCAACCUCGGCGCAAAACCAAGUCCAUAUAACUCCGUGCAGUCCAACGCUAACGCAAGUAAAAUCAAUAUAGAACAUUCUGUUCUACACUCGAAUGGAUUUAAAGGAAUGAAGUCAUAUUUUCAAAACGUGGAUGCAUAAUUUUUUAGCUGCACUUCGAAUUGUUGUUGAAAUAAAAAAACAAAAAAAAAAUAUUUUAAACAAUUGCCUUCUUAAGGGAACAGAUACCUGUAAACGGUCAUAUUUUCCCUGAUUUUCGUUAAAAUUAUUUAAAAUGAAGAAAUCAAUAUAUUUUUUUCAAAAUUGGCAUACAGUUUAUUUAUACAUUAAAAUAAUAUAACUUUUUUUUGUUAUUUUAAUCAUUUAAAAUGGCGGAUGUACACUCAAUCUUCCAGGAAGGUCGCAGGUGCGCUUCUCAAUCAGCGAGCAUUGUAGCAUCUCGGCGUCAGUGACCUGGAUACAA